AUGCGAAUCCAAGGACACCCUCAUACAACUGAGCUCUCUUUUUGCAUCGUGUGGACUUUUGGCUUUCGUUUCGGCGCAAACAACACCAAUCAGUCUACUUCUCUUUUCGGCGGCGGCCAGCAAAACCGCCCUGGUGGCUUCGGCACCACUAACACCAACACUGGCGGAAGCCUAUUCGGAAACACCUCAGGCACCGGCGCUACUGGCGGAUUCGGCUCCAGCACUGGCGGUGGAUUCGGAUCGGGAACAACUGGGGGAGCCUUUGGCUCCAGCACCAACACCGGCGGUGGCCUUUUCGGCGCGAACAAGCCUGCUGGAGGAUUCGGCUCCGGCACUGGCGGUGGAUUCGGAUCUGGAACAACUGGCAGCGCAUUUGGCUCCACGCCCAGCACCGGCUUCGGAGGAGCUGGGACUGCACUUUCGGGCGGUGCUGUGCCUCCCUGCGAUGGCACCGGCUCUACUCCUUUCAAUCCUUUCACCGAGAAGGACACCAAUUCCAGCAUCAUGAACCACUACCAGAGCAUCAACUUUAUGCAACCCUACCAGAAAUACUCGUUCGAAGAAUUGCGACUGGCCGACUAUGAGAGGGGACGUCGCUAUGGCAAUGGUAGCAACCAAGCAGGUGCUUUUGGGAACUCCAACUUCGGCAGCACUGGAACAGGCUUCGGGACCCAACAGAACACUGGAGGCUUUGGCUCCGGCACUACUCCCUUCGGCGGUGCCAACACAAGCACUCCAUCUGCAUUCGGAGGAGCAACGCAGACCACCGGUGGAUUUGGCGCUGCCAACAACUCGACCUCUCUUUUGGGGGUGCAAACAAACCUGCAACUUCGAUGUUCGGUGGCGGCACGGCAACCACACAAUCUGGCGGUGGUCUCUUUGGUAGUGGCACAGCUACUGCCGGCACUGGCGGUGGAUUCGGAAGCAACACAGGUACUGGAGGCGCCUUUGGCGCCAACACCAACACCGGAGCAGAACAAGCCCGCUUUUGGCGGUACGGGAACAAGUACCACUGGAUUCGGUGGUAGUGGAUUCGGCACCCAGCAAAACACUACCAAUUCCAACCCCUUCGGCGGUGGCACAACUUCUACAUCCACACCUUUCGGUCAGCAACAGCAAACCGGCACUAGCGCCUUUGGCGGUGGCCUAGGUGCCAGCCAAAAUCAAACGCAGAACAAGCCUUUAUUCGGCGGCGGUGGUGGUUUCGGUACCAACAACCAACAGCAGCAAGGCUCUUCUUUGUUUGGAGGAGGCACUCAGACUCAGCAACCCGCUCCCGGUGGCGGCCUCUUCGGCGGUGGCACUCAGAACCAGCAGCAAAACACUGGAUCAUCAUUGUUUGGUGGUAAUCAAUCCCAGCAGGCUUCUGGUGUUGGUCUUUUCGGCGGUCAAAACCAACAGCAGCAGAAGCCCGGCGGCCUUUUCGGUGGUGGAACCGGUACUACCGGCAGUGCCUUCGGGGGUCUGGGCAGCAGUCAGACCCAGCAGCCCGCUGGAGGUGGUCUAUUCGGAGGUCAGAAUCAGCAACAACAGAAGCCUGGCGGUCUUUUCGGGGGUUCUACGGGUGGCACCGGCGGUGGCCUCUUCGGUCAAGCCAACAACACCCAGCAAAAUACGGGCUCUUCGCUCUUCGGCGGACAAAGCCAGCAGCAGCAACAGCCUGCUAGCAGUAGCUUGUUCGGUGGUUCCCAGCCCGCGCCGCAACAGUCGCAACCGGCCCCCGGCAGUUUGACUACGAGUCUCCUUGGCGGUAACCCAUACGGCAGCCAGUCCAUCUUCUCUGGUCUUCCCGCUCCCGAGGCUCCCUCGCCGGGCCCAUUGGCCACGCCUCUUUCUUCCAGCAUGAAGCAAAAGCAACGUGCUCCGCUGCCUUACUCCAUUACACCCAACGGUGCCAGCCGCCUGAGCACUCCUCCCAAGCGUCAAGGCUACGGUUUCUCUUACUCGACCUAUGGAUCGCCCUCUAGCUCCAGCAGCACGCCCAACGGGUUCAGCAACAGUCUCCUGGGUGGUGCUGGUAGCAACAGCCUGCGUGGCAGCAUUGGCGGUAGCUUCGGCCGCAGCUUCAGCAAGAGCUACUCCACCAGCAACCUUCGCAAGACCUUCGACCCUGAGUCCGACAGCGUGCUUUCGCCGGGGGCUUUGCAGUCUAGCGGCGGACGCGGUAACGGUGGUAGUAUUAAGCGCCUUACCAUCGACCGCAGUUUGAGAACCGAUCUCUUCGCUCGUUCCGCGAGCAACUCGCCCGCAACUAUCACCAAUGGAGAUGAUUCCGCUCAGUCAGACAAGCUCAAGAAAAAGGUCAGCUUUGACUCCACUCCGACUAGCAAUGAAGUCGUUCGCGUGGAAUCUAAGAGUCCCGAUCCUACUCCUCAAGAGCUCGGCUUCCUGCGCUCCCAACGCCGAAGCGGUAGCCUGAAUGGUAUCGAUGGCUCCAACAAUGAACGCCCUGAGAUGGAGUCCAUUAGCCGUGACCUUGCUGUCGUCCCCGAGAAUGGCGAGCCUAUCCCCGCUGGCAGCUCUUCUGUAAAGCGUCUUGCCUUCGUUCCUGGUAGUGAUCCUAAGCCUGGCGAGUACUGGAUGAAGCCUAGCCGCGCUGAAAUCAGCAGGAUGAGCCGUGACCAACUCAAGCAGGUCAUGGAUUUCACAGUCGGUCGCCAGCACUGUGGUUCGGUCACCUUCAACGGUGCUGUUGAUCUUACAACUGUCGACCUCGAUAACCUCUACGGGAGGAUUGUGGAUAUCGGUGUCCGCAAGAUUACCGUCUACCCUGACGAGGCUGUCAAGCCGCCAAUGGGCAAGGGCCUGAACGUUGUUUCUACUCUUCGCAUUGAGAACUCCUGGCCUCGUGGCCGUGACCGAAAAUCGCCACUUCCUAUCACCAGCGGUCCCCUCUUCGACAAGCACAUUGACCGUCUUCAGAAGGUGCAGGAUACCGAAUUCUUGGACUACGAGACCGAGACCGGUACUUGGGUUUUCCAGGUCCCUCAUUUCACUACUUAUGGCCUUGACUAUGACGAGGAUGAAGAGGACGAGAGUCUCAACCAGAGCGCCCUUGGUGCAGGCCCUGUUGAUAACCGCACCCCCAAGGCUCAACCCGACCACCCCGCGAGCUUUGAGCAGUCCGCUACCUUCUCCAUCGACGAGUCCUUUGUCGGCUCCAUGGCUGGUGUCGACGACGACACCUUUGACUUCAAGAAGCGUAAGCUUGUGCCCGGUUCGUUCAGCAGCCAGGCUAUGGACAUGGAAGACGAGGAGAUGGGAUCCGAGGGCGAGACCGAGUCUUUUUUAGAGGAAGGCUCCACGGGUUCGGCUACUGAGCAGGAUGACGAUGUCACCGAGAGCCAGCGCUCUGGCGACUCUGUAGUUGGAUCAGAUGGCGAUCAGGAGAUGGACAUGGCGGGUUCCUUUCCUGAUCUUCAUCGCACCGUGGAGCGGGAAGAAUCCCAGAGCACCGAUGGUGAUCUGGAAACUACCCACCCUGUCAGGCACUUUGGCACACCUCCUAAGCCUCGCCUGGAUCUCAGUGGCGAUUGGGCUGAGCAGCUUCAGCGCACGAUUAGUCCUCGCAAGCAAAACCGUGACGCCUUGCGCGAGAUUCAGGCCAAUGCCUUUACGGAUCGGCCUCUCUUGAACGAAGGCUCCUCAGAACCGAAAUUGACCGGUUCUCCGAAGAAAGGUUUUUCAAACAGCAUCGACUUGAUGAACUCCCUGUUCCAGCAGCCACGGAAGCAAAAUGCUCCCUCGCCACUGAAAGCUUCGAAAAUGCAGCCCAAGGGCUUCGAGUGGCCCUACAACAAGCAGCCCAAAACCUUCGCCGGUGACACCACAGAGAUGGAUCAGGCAGACGCCGCUUUCCACGAUUCUUUCAAGCCUCGAUGGGGGCCAAUGGACUCCCUUAUUUGUGCGAAAAACGACAUGGCCGAUCCAAUCUCCGAUAUCUACACUCGGUGGCAAGAGAGCUUCUCUGUUUUCAGCGAACAACGAGACAUUGCAGUCAUGAAGUCUAAUCAGACUGGUCAGGUACGUCGUCACCUUAUGUUUAACCCCUUGAGGCUGGGGCUCAUUUUUGCGAAGUCAAAGGGAAUGUUGGAUCUGCAACAACAGCAAUCUACCGUCGCCCGUGUGGACGGCACUCCGUUCGUCCGCCUCUCCGGGGUUGACCUGCGUCAAUUUGCCUUCGCGCCUUCCAAAGAUGAAGAACGAUUGGUCUGGCAACUGGUCAACAUCCUGUUCAAUGACGAUAUUGAGGAUGAUAUCUCGGCUGGUGUACCACCGCAGCUGCGACAGCAAUUUGCGCAUCGCAUCAAGAAAGACCGUCUCACCCGUCUGUGGCAAAAUAUCAUUCGUGAGAGACAUAGUCAGUCUCUGGACUUUCAUCGCUCCGCGGAAGAACGUGCUGUUUAUCUUCUCUGCUCCCAUCGGGUUGAAGAAGCUUGCAAGACCUUGGUGGAGAGUGGGAACCCACAUCUGGCCACGCUCGUGGCGCAAAUCGGCCGCGAUGCUACCUCUCAGGCCGAUAUGGCGCGGCAGAUUAAGGUCUGGGGUCAGAACAACAUUCUCGCCGAGAUGAGCGAGCCUGUUCGUGCUCUUUACGACCUCGUUGCAGGUAACGGUCUUCGCAGCGAGGGCAAGUCCGGUGGUGCCCUGGAAGACCGGGCUUCUACUUUUAUCUUUUCUGAGCGAUUCGAGUUGGAUUGGUUCCAGGCUUUUGGUCUCCGUCUCUGGUACAGUACCACUGAGGAUGAGCCAAUCGAGGCUGCUGUCUCCAAGUUCCUCGAUGAUCUGGAUACCGGUCUUGAACCUGCCUUCCCACAUCCCUCCCAUCGCGCCUCUUGCGGGUCCCCUCAACCCGGCUCUGAUACCCUUGGCCGGGAAUCUCCUUUGUGGGUGCUGCUGAAGACUUACGCCGCAGUCAGGGGCCACAAGAAUGUCCCGCCUCUCGAGCUCCCUGCCGCCAUCCUGCCGGAAUCUUUGUCUGGCAACCGACUCACCAACCGCCUCUCAUUUCAACUUCACUACGUCCUUACUGCUGCUAUCGGUCCGACCGAAGCCAUCAAAAUUGACCAGUACCAGGCCGAUCGGCUUGCGUGGGACUUUGCUUCUGAGAACAUUGCCAAUGAAGAGUUUUGCGCUGCCAUCUUCGUUCUCCUACAUCUGUCUCAAGCUGAUGAUCGAAAGCGUGCCGUACAGGAUACCUUAGCCCGCUUUGGCGCCUCUCUGCCCGAUCCCACCACUUCCGACGGUACUACCACCGAUCCAGUCUGGGAAUUCCUUGUCGGUGACUUCCAACUUCCGGAAGCCUGGAUCUGGGUCGCCAAGGCCCUUUAUGCCCGUGCAAGCGGCGAUGCUAUCCGCGAGGUAGAUGCGCUCAUCCGUGGCAAGCACUGGAAUGAUGCUCAUGCCACUUUCUGCCGCGUCGUUGGCCCCACGGCCAUCAUCUCACGCGACUACGCUACUUUGGAUAAGCUCAUCACCGGAUUCGGCGAUGGUCCGGAGCGCAAGAUGCGUGGCUGGUCGUCUGGCGGUGGUAUCUAUGAAGAUUUCCUGCGGCUCGCCACCGCGACUCGUGGUCGACGUGACCCAACCCGGUUGAGUCGACUGGUGAAUGCCCUCGUCGCUAAGAGUGACCAUGUCCGUAACGGUUCGGGUAUGGAUGGUCUCGAAGAGCGCGUUGCGUUCAAGGAGAUGAGCCGUGCUGUGGCUAGCUGGACCACCCACGAAAAUACGGUCGAAGCUUCGAAGAUGCUCGGUCUGCCUCUGACAGGCGAUGCUCGUGUUAUGCAAACAGUGGAGAUGAGCCGUCGUUACUUCGGUAUUAUCAUGGCUGGUGGCUAUUAA